CAUGAAUCUCUGAAACAGCUGUAGUGUUAUUUCCACUUUCCUCAGGUGAUGUGCUGCAGCCAGGCCCUCGCAGGAAAAUGCUCUUGAAUCACUCGCACAGCACCACGAGGUGAUCCCGCGGCACGUAGAAGUCUCCCACAGCACCUAGAAGUCUUUAGGAAAUCCGACUCGGCGCAACGUUUUUACCAUGCGACGAAGUUAUACUCCUGCUAAGUUUUUGGUGGUAGCACCGCUCCUACCGUGUAUAUAGACUACAGCGUAGGGGCUCCAGCACCCAUCAACGAUCCUCCGAAGAACAAUUGAACACUCCUUCCCCCAUCGUCGGUCGUCAAUGCCUAACUCUGCAAGGAUGCCUGAAGCUUGGGAUGCGCCGACGGGAUUCGUAGCGCGUCUGACUUACAGGGCCAUCUGUCUUUGCAUUAUUGGUCAGGCAGAUCUCGAAAUAUUCUGGAGGGAAAUUGAUGAGCACGAUGAAUGGAUCAAUCUUCAUGCCCGUCACCGUGCCCUUUCGACUUUGGUGUUAACAUUGCAGGCAGUGGUCACGGCAGCAGCCGUCGUUUUUCUGACGACUUCUCCGCCAGUGUCUUUUGCUGAUUACACCGAUUCUAAAGCCUGCGGCGCGUUUUCCUCCGCAUUUGUAAUGUCUCUAGCAGGCAUCGCGUUCCAGUUCUCGUCCCUUGGUAUCUUUCGCGAGGUACCCAGGCAGAUUCUCCCUGCGGACGAGCUCUUGAAUUCCCGACGAGCUAUCCUUAUCUACUUGCUCCGUUUCCACUUUCCCUAUCUCUUCGCCUUGCUGUCUCUGUCGUUCCUGACAGCAGGAUUUAUGCUCGCAUGGCCUGCAACUUUUUCUUACUUGAUCGGGUUGAUCCUGUUCUGUGGUUGUAUCAUCGUUCUGUCGCGCUGUUGCCUGCCGGCCGAUUCAUGGGUGGUACCAGUGGUCGCAGUUUUGUUCGUUCUCAUCGUGAUUGCUUAUUUCUUCGUGCUGUCUCUGGUGCCGAUGAACAUCCCUUAGACGACCGGGAAGUGGACAGGCAACAAGGCCGUUAAAAAUCUUAAUCUUCCAAUGGUUUCCCUGCUCCUCGCUUUUGUGAGCAGCGUGGUUCUGGCCAUUCCUCUAGUGUUUUCUAAUUUUAUUUUUUUCGUAUACCUUAUUUCAUGUUGUAGAGUGGUUGGAAUUACUGUACACACAUUAUUCACUCGUCGUUCUUUUCUUUUUUCUCUCAUUGAUCGAUUUAGGCUGUCAGUACUUAACGUAGAUGCGGGUUAUAGUCGUUUGCGUGGAGAACGAAGAAAGUUUCGAUUUCUUCACUGAUUUCGUACAUUAAUG